AUUCGAUAAACCCAAACCUAGUCUAGAUAGUUUCAAGUUACCCAAUUCUGCCGGCACAAAGCCUCGAAUUCGUAGACUCGUACACAAUCAAUUUUAAUGUUUCUUUCUCCAUCCUCCUAGCAUAUAGAAUGGCAGUAGGUUUUGCCUGAUCUAACCUACCCAUUAGGCGUAAUUGUUACAUUCCCUCCCGAGCCAUUAUGACUUUGGAAGACCCAGAAUCUCUCUGUGAAUUUCCCCUGUAAACAAUGCCAUUGAAAUCUCUCAACACCUUUGCUGCCACCACCAUGUUGAGCUUCGGGCUCUUCAUCCUCUUCUUCGCAGGAUUUCUUGAUUUCCCAUCCGCAUCUUCCUCAAUCCCCUCACCCAAAGACUCAAUCUUUGCGUCCUUGUCAGAUUCCAAGCCCGAUCCGUUCCAGAACCUCCUGGGGGCUUUCAAGAAGUGGGAUUCUAAAGUGGGUUGUGCCCAGUUCAGAGAGAAGCACAGAGGGGAUUUCAGAAAUGGGUCGGGUUUGAUUUCUUCUAAUUCUUUGCAAGAUGUUGAUGAGGGUGAAUUGGAAUGUGGGGAGUUGAAAAUGAACCAUGUGAGUGUUUUGGUCAAAGGGUGGACUUGGAUUCCUGAUGGUAUGGAUAAUUUGUACUCUUGUAGAUGUGGGCUUAGCUGUUUGUGGACUAAAUUGCCAGUUAUGGCUGAUAAGCCUGAUGCUUUGUUGUUUGAGACUAGUACUCCUCCUCUUAAGAGACGGAAAGGUGAGCCACUACGUGUAUACAUGGAUCUUGAAGCCGGCAGGAAGAGAUCGGGAUAUGAGGAUCUCUUUAUUAGCUAUCAUGCCAAAGACGAUGUCCAAUCCACCUAUGCUGGAUCAAUCUUUCAUAAGAAUCGGAAUUAUCAUCUGUCUUCGUAUAAGAGAAAUGACACGCUCGUUUAUUGGUCUUCAUCCCGUUGUCUUCCCGAAAGAAAUAAACUGGCGAAACAACUACUCCGAUUGCUUCCACACCAUUCGUUUGGAAAGUGCUUGAACAACGUAGGCGGCCUUGAUAACGCACUCACCCUUUAUCCCGACUGCAUCAAGGACCCUAACGAGGCGCCUAAAUGGUGGGAUCACUUACACUGUGCAAUGUCCCAUUACAAGUUUGUCCUCGCGAUCGAGAACACCAUGACGGAGAGUUACGUAACCGAGAAGUUAUUCUACGCCCUAGAAUCCGGAUCCGUCCCCAUUUACUUUGGCGCCCCGAAUGUCCAGGACUUCGUCCCUCCACAUUCAAUCAUCGACGGGACAAAGUUCAAGUCUUUGGAGGAACUUGCUUCCUAUGUUAAGGCGCUCGCCAAUGAUCCUGCCGCCUACGCAGAAUACCACGCGUGGAGGAGAUGUGGAGUGAUGGGAAACUAUCGAAAAACCCGAGCAGCUAGCUUGGAUACUGUACCCUGUAGGCUUUGUGAAGCUGUUAGCAAGAAAAAUGGAAGAAAUGCUGAAGCCUCUUGACAGCAUAGUAAAUGUCCUUAAAUAUUUAUUGCUGAGAUGUCAAGAUUUUGUUUCUUAGUCAGAGUAGUUUGGGUUGGGAAUAUACACAGGCAUUUUGCAUGUAGAAAUUGGAACAAUAACACAUCAAUCAUACAGGGAUUUUGAUUUAUAUUUAUAAGCACAUAUUUGUACGUUUC